GCAGCUCAUAUCUCUGAGGGCUUUCAGUCUGCACCACGGAGGAACCGCUCGUUUCUCCAGACUACUGCUGUAUCAUCAUCUUUAGUUUAUUGUAGCUUUCUAAGAUCUCGGGCUCCAUCCUGAAGCUGAAGAUAAAGGAAUUGCUCAGUAAUAACAGCACGCGCGCGCGCGAGCGACACACAGAGAGAGAGAACGUUAUUGACGCUUCUGACGUUACGGUGCAGCCGUGUAACCUUUCUCCAGGAAUCACUGUGUGUGUGUGUGUGUGUGUGUGUGUGUGUGUGUGCGUGUAUUAUCGGUGUUGUUUUGUGGUAACGUGUGUGUGUGUGUGUUGUGCCGAGCUUGGCCUGUAAAUAGAGAGAGAGAGAGAGAGGAGUGAAGUGCAGCACCAUGUUCAGCUGGCUCGGAACAGACGACAGGAGAAAGCGGGAUCCUGAGGUGUUUCACACGGUCAGUGAAGGACUCAAGAAGCUCUACAAAACCAAACUGCUGCCUUUAGAAGAACAUUACAAAUUCCACGAGUUCCACUCACCGGCGCUGGAGGAUGCGGACUUCGACAACAAGCCCAUGGUGCUGCUGGUGGGUCAGUAUUCCACCGGGAAGACCAGCUUCAUACGAUAUCUGCUAGAGCAGGACUUCCCAGGCAUGCGGAUUGGUCCAGAGCCCACCACAGACUCGUUUAUCGCCGUGAUGCACGGAGAUAUCGAAGGCUUGAUUCCAGGAAACGCUCUGGUCGUGGAUCCUAAGAAACCUUUCCGUAAGCUGAAUGCUUUUGGGAACGCGUUCCUCAACAGGUUUGUGUGUGCGCAGCUCCCUAACCCUGUUCUGGAGAGCAUCAGCGUGAUCGACACUCCGGGAAUCCUGUCUGGAGAAAAACAGAGAAUUAGCAGAGGCUACGACUUUGCGGCUGUGCUGGAGUGGUUCGCCGAGCGCGUGGACCGCAUCAUCCUUCUAUUUGACGCCCACAAGCUCGACAUCUCGGACGAGUUCUCGGAGGUGAUAAAGGCGCUGAAGAACCAUGAGGAUAAGAUCCGUGUGGUGCUGAACAAGGCGGAUCAGAUCGAGACUCAGCAGCUGAUGCGUGUCUAUGGCGCCCUCAUGUGGUCAUUGGGAAAGAUCGUCAACACGCCCGAGGUGAUCCGCGUCUACAUUGGCUCCUUCUGGUCACACCCGCUGCUCAUCCCUGAUAAUCGCAAGCUGUUCGAGGCCGAAGAGCAGGACCUGUUCAAGGACAUCCAGUCGCUGCCACGCAACGCGGCUCUCCGCAAACUCAACGAUCUCAUCAAGAGGGCCAGACUAGCGAAGGUCCAUGCUUACAUCAUCAGCUCUCUGAAGAAAGAAAUGCCUUCAGUCUUUGGGAAAGAGAACAAAAAGAAGGAGCUGAUCAACAGCCUGGGAGAGAUUUACAGUCGGAUCGAAAGAGAGCAUCAGAUUUCUCCUGGAGAUUUCCCCAAUCUUAAAAAAAUGCAGGAGCAGCUCCAAGCCCACGACCUGAACAAGUUUCAGCCGCUGAAGCCGAAGCUUCUGGACACAGUGGACGACAUGCUGGCACACGACAUCGCCCAGCUGAUGGUCAUGGUGCGCCAGGAGGAGACGCAGCAGCCCGGGAAGGUGGUAAAGGGCGGAGCUUUCGAGGGCACCAUGAACGGGCCGUUCGGUCACGGAUACGGUGAAGGCGCCGGCGAGGGGAUAGACGAGCUCGAGUGGGUGGUUGCACGUGACAAGCCUACAUACGACGAGAUCUUCUACACGCUCUCGCCUAUCAACGGCAAGGUAACUGGUGCGAAUGCCAAGAAAGAGAUGGUGAAGUCUAAGCUGCCCAACACCGUCCUGGGAAAGAUCUGGAAGCUGGCCGACAUCGACAAAGACGGCAUGCUGGACGACGAGGAGUUUGCCCUGGCUAACCAUCUCAUCAAGGUCAAACUGGAAGGGCACGAGCUUCCCAGCGAGCUUCCGUCCCAUCUGGUGCCUCCUUCCAAGAGAAAAAUCCCAGAGUAAAACACAGCAGGAUUUAGGGUCAUGUUUAGGAAGCUUCAUGUCAUGGACACUGUACGGACAAGUAAUGAUGAACAGAAAUAAAACACUAACGAUUAAAGGACUGCUCUGAAUUGUUCCUAGUGUGGUGGAUUAAAGUUAGUCAGAUAACUAAUGUUAGAUCUUUUCACUUGUCUGUGAUUUUUGUUUAGUUUGUGUUUGUGUGUGUGUGUGUGUGUGUGUGUGUGUGUGGUUUUUUUUUUUUUUUUAGAAAUGAAAUGCAAGUCUCCACACAUCACCUCCACUGAGACUCACAUCAUCACUACACAUUCAGAUUGAACGUGCUUCAACAGAACGUCUUUCAUUUCCAGCCAAUAAGCAUUCACAUCUUAAAAAAAACAAAAAAUCAGAGUCUUAAUUCCCCUCAUCCUAUAUAUAAUCAUGCUCUUGUGUGUGUGUGUGUGUGUGUGUGUGUGUGUGUUUUGUGAAGGUGGCAUCAUGAUGAACACGAGCCCUUUCUCUAGCCUGACCAAGAGACUGUUACUGAUGUAUAUGUGCGGUGUUAGAACGUCAGUUAGCGUAUGGGAUGGACCUGUAGUCAUAGCAAUUAGUCUUCUGUACAUGUAAAUCCCUGUUCAUGAUCAUUUGAGAUUUAAAAUGGAUUCAGUGAGGCAGCACUAACACUAACAUUUGACUUUGUUUUGUAAUAUUUUUCAUAGUUCUGACAGAUUUAUGAUGAAUAUCAGUAUUUGUGCCUGUACUCAUUCCUUUGAAUUGAAUUUCCUGUGUAGCCUUGAACGUCUGUAGCAUAAUGUAUCUGUCACUGAGUCAGAAGGGUGUAUGUAGCGUGCUGAGCCUCAGACGAGUCAGAGAAGAUUAAAUAAAGGUAAGCAUGCUGCCUGGUGAUGAUCUCUACAUCGCUCAUACAGGCCUGCUGUUAGAAUGAAAUAAAGUGCACCAUCUUUCUCUUCUCCACAACACAUUUAUUCCUCAGAGUUAAUAAACAGCUGUGUUUCAGUUCA